CCAUACCAGUUUCUGGACAAAGUUGUGGUCCACGACAAGUGUCUCGAGCUGAUGGAGAACUGCCACAUCCAACGAGACUUGAUGUACAAUAGCGGGCGCAUGGAGGAUGUGUUCUGGGAGCGCGUCCAAGCCAGCACGUCCUGGGCCGGGCAGGUUCCCCGACACAUCAUCCGCACUUUGGCUCUCAAGUUGACCCAGGCCGCUUGGGCGCACCACAAGAAUCCCAAGAGCGACAUCACGGGCGAGCCGAACGGGUACUGCAAGCUCGCCAUCGCCGCCCUCCGCUUCGCCAACGACAUCUUCGUGUACGAAGACUUCCUG